UUGGCCCAACAGUUGUUGGUGGGCUUUCUAAUUCCGGCCCAACAGUUCUUCGUUUCCAAACUUUGUAUUACUUUUUACUUUAUCUGAAAAGCUGUGAAUGAUAUUUGUGAUUGUGACUGAGUGCGAGUGUAGUUGCCUUCCUCCGCCGUGACCACAUCGCCGGAGAAAUCCUUAAUGCAACUCAAAUUACUUCCAUUUCUGAAAAUCCAAACUUCCUAACCUUCGUUUUCUUUCUCAGGUUUGUUUUAGAAUUUUAUAUAGAAUUCCUUACAUUUUAGGGACUGAGGCCUUCCAUGUUGUUACAUUAGAGGUUUGUUGUGCUCAUGGCUGAAAUGGAGGUUCCGGUGUUGUGUUACUGGAACGGUCGCAUCGAGUAUGGCAGUAAUGGGGUAUACUAUGACAGAUCGACUCCUAGAAUGAUCAAAGUUAAGCGAAAGACUGAGUUAAGCAUAUUGUUGGAUCAGCUGUAUCUUCUUACUGGAUUAGAUAUAGAUGAUCGGAGAUCAAAGGUUAGAAUUUUCGGUAGGUUUCCUUCAGUUGUUCAACAGCAAUCAAUGCUUCAGUUUCUACUUUUGCCUGUGGUGAACGACUCUAGUUUGGAGACAAUGCUUGAAGUCCCAAGCAAACAUCCUUCUAUUAAAAAUGUGGAACUCUAUUUGGAAGUGAAAUCUGAUGGGGUUGUUGAGUCUGCUGCUUGUUCGCCGUUGUUGGCAAAUCCCAGUUGUUCCUCGAAAAGACAGAGGAUGGAUAUACCUGUUAAGCUAGAGAAGGGUAACAGUAACGGGUGGAUUGAAGAUGAAGAAGGUGUUGACAUUGGAAACGGUGGAGAUGCUGACAUGACAGAUAAAAAUCCAGGUUCAGAUGCAGUGGCGCAAGUGGUUUAUUUGACAGAGGAUAACAACAUUUUCCUUAAGGAUUUGAAUCAAGAUUCCAGUUCUGGUGUUUCUAAACCGUGUCUUUCUAGUUUGUGGCUUGACGAUCGUGACUUGCGAGUUGGAUUAUGCUUCAAAGAUGGUGAUGAGCUGAAGAAAGCUGUGGACUGGUGCUGCUUUAAAGGGCAGCGAAGUUGCGUAAUGCGAGAGGCUGAGAAGGAUGAGUAUAUGUUUGAGUGCGCCAGAUGGAAAUGCAAGUGGACGCUUGAGGCUGCUACAAUGGAAAAGCACGGACUUAUCGAGAUAAUUAAGUAUACUGGUCCACAUACUUGUAGUUGUGCCAAUGAGCCACAAGAUUCCUAUAUGGAGUUUGAAGCAGAUGAGUUUGAACGUGUGAUCAGAAUACAUCCAACACAGUCAUUUACAGAGCUGAAGAAGUGGUAUAUAGAAAAAAUUGGCUAUGAUCUUGAAACUUCGGAGGUGCGGAUCGCGAAGAAUGAAGCUAUCAAAAGAGUCUUUGGAGAUUGCGCUCAGGGUUUUGAAGAUUUGCCCAAAUUAAUGGCUGCCCUUCAUUCAUCUAAUGGACUCCUCGUGGACUGGAAGUAUGAUCUUUUUCCUAAUCCUAAAUUUGCAUCCUUCCGUGGUGUGUUUUGGGCAUUUUCACAGUCUAUCGAAGGGUUCCAACACUGUAGACCUCUAAUCAUAGUGGACACCAAAAAUUUGAACUGUAAGUACCAAUUGAAGUUGAUGAUUGCCUCUACAGUUGAUGCAGCAGACAAUUUUUUUCUGCUUGCCUUUGCGUUUACUACAGAAGUUUCUACUGAUAGUUGGCGUUGGUUUCUCACUGGAAUCAGAGAGAAGGUUACACAAAGGAAAGGCCUUUGCCUCAUUUCCAGUCCCCACCCCGACAUACUUGCUGUUAUUAAUGAAUCCGGAUCUCAGUGGCAAGAACCCUGGGCUUAUCACAGAUUCUGUCUGCGUCAUCUGCUCUCUCGAUUCAGUGGCAUUUUUCGAGACUACUAUCUGGAGGACCUCGUGAAGCAGGCUGGAUCCACGAGUCAGAAGGAAGAAUUUGAUUCCUACAUGAAGGACAUUGAAAAGAAGAACUCAGAAGCUCGGAAAUGGUUAGACCAAUUCCCUCCAAAUCAGUGGGCUCUGGCUCAUGACAAUGGUCGGAGAUAUGGAAUCAUGGAGAUAGAGACAACAUCCCUGUUUGUAGAUUUUAAUGUCUCUCAUUUGGAUAAUCAUGUAUUGACAGGUUACGUGCUGCGUCUGUUUGAUGAGCUGAGACACUCGUUUGAUGAGUCUUUAUGUCGUAUCCGGGGUAAUCGUAAAUGCGGCGCUGUGUACGCUAAACCUGUCACGGAAACGCUUGUAAAGUCAAGGAAAGCUUCCGUUACUUAUGAUGUGAUGCCGUUAGACAAUAAUGCGUUUCAGGUCACAGCGCCUCAAGAAAAUGAUGAAUGGAUUGUUCAGCUGAGCGACUGCACCUGCACAUGUGGGGAGUUUCAAAGUUGCAAGUUCCCAUGUCUACAUGCUCUAGCGGUCUGCAAGAUGCUGAAAAUCAACCCUUUGCAGUAUGUAGAUGACUGUUACACUCUUGAACGGCAUUGCAAAACUUAUGCUGCUACAUUUUCUCCUGUUCCAGAGCUAUUAGCUUGGCCGGAAGCUUUUGGAGUUCCGAGAUUGUUUCCUCCGGUCAUUCCCCGGUCGCCACCACCUCCACCUAACGUAUCAGGUAAGUCCCAACGCAAAACUACUCCUAAACCUACUACGAAGAAGAGCUGAAAGUUUUAGAUGGAUUUGAGUCGAACCAAACGGGGCAUUUUGGUGGUUUUGCUAACUCAUUAGUGCUUUUGUAGUACCUUUUAUGACGCUUGGGAAGUAGGAUUAGUGCGGUUACAUAUCGUAGAUUCGUAGUGCUGUAAUGGAGACAAUGUGUUACUUGCUUUUGUAUGUGUCCGGUUUCUUCAUGAGAAACUUAAUCCCACCAUCUUCUUCUUCUUUACAAUCUCUUUCCCAAUUUUA